AUGCGUCUCGGCGCCUGGCUGCAUGACAAGCUGACUGCUAUCGGCCUGCAGGACGUGCAAGUCCUCCAGACGGAGGGGCCACAGCCGGUGGUGUACGCGUCGCACUCCGGCGCCGGCCCAGCUGCACCAACGGUCCUCAUCUACGGACACUAUGACGUCCAGCCGGUGGACCCUCUCGGCCUGUGGGACGACCCCCCCUUUGAGCCGCGGAUCAGGGACGGCAUGUUCUGGGGGCGCGGCGUGGACGACGACAAAGGCGGGCUCCUCGGCGCCGUGCACGCUGUUGAAUCGUACCUGCAGAGCAGCGAGGGGUCUCUGCCUGUCAAUGUGAAGUUCUUGUUAGAGGGCCAGGAGGAGAUCGGCAGCCCAGACCUGGCGGCGUUCCUGCGGGAGCACAGGGGCGGCCUGCUGGCGGGGGUCGACCUGGCGCUGUCGGCGGACGGGUCUCAGAUCAGCAAGGAGCAGCCGGGAAUAGCCACAGGGCUCAGGGGUGCCGUGGCCCUACAGGUGGACGUGCGGACGGCCCACACUGACAUCCACAGCGGUGCGCAACCAGCCCGCGGGCCCCUCUGCUUCCGCUGA